AUGGGUGGAGAAGGUAAAAGAGUGCAGUUUGACAAAACUUCUAUUUGUAAUGGGGAGUUAAAAUCGAACCUUUCUAGUAAUCUAGACAACAAACCUUAUGUACAAUGGUUAGUAGGGGGAGCAGAAGAGGGAAAUUGUAGGACUUUUGUUCUAAAGCUUGUUCCUAACAGAAAAGUUCCGACUAUACUAGAUAUGUUCAAAGAAUAUGUUGUACCCGGAUCUAUCAUUGUUACUGGUGGUUAUCCGUCUUGCCCCGGGGCCGUUGCUAAAUUUGGAUCUUGCCAUGAAGUGGUAAACCACUCUGUUGGGUAUUAA